AUGUCGUGGCAAGUCUUGAUCAUAACCUAUGAUCAUGCUUUCCGGCACGAAUACCGAUCGAAUGCUGACAUUUUUCGUCUCGAUAGCCUUGUCGGCUCCGGUCACAUUGACAAGGGCGCCAUCAUCAGUGCCGCUGGCGACAGUGCUUGGGCUUCUUCUCCUGACCUCCAGCUCAAGCCCGAGGAGAUGAAGGCCAUCUCUGCCAUCGUUGGCGGUGACUCGGCUGCCAAGGACAAGGCUUUCGCUGAGGGUCUCUACAUUGCUGGCGAGCGUUACGUUAUGGCCCGAGCCGAGGACCGGAGUAUCUACGCCCGAUCGGGCCGCCUCGGUGUUGCUGUUGCGAAGACUGGCCAGGCCAUCGUCAUCGGCCACCAUGGUGAGGCCCAGGUCGCUGGCAACGCCACCUCUACCGUCGAAGGUCUUGCCGACUACCUCAUUAAGUCAGGAUACUAG